UUCCAAGGCCUUGGCGCCUUUGCGUUUGGGCAGUGUAUUUCCCAAUUGCAAAUCGACGCGCAGAGCCUGAGACUUGCAUCUCCACGUAUAAAUUGAGGCCUGCUCCGAAACUCCAAUACGCACGGCACCAUACAUUCUUGUGAAUCCUGUCAGGUCAAGAACAACUUCCUAGUUCCUAGUCUUUCUGCACGGCCAGAGGUAGCAAGGCAGCUAGCGAGCGAGCACGCCGAGAUGGCGGCAGCGGCGCCCGUGCUCGUCCACGUCGAGUCCAUGCAGACCGCCGUCCCGGCGCGCGACGCCGGGUCGGGGCGGUCGCUGCCCAUCGCGGUGUCGGGGCCGCCGCUGGCCGCCGCGGAGCUGCAGCGCCACUUUCGCGCCGUGCUCUACUACCGCGGCGCCGGCGCGGGCGGCGAGCUGGAGGCCACGGCGAGGGAGCGCGCGGCGUGGGUGAAGGAGUCGCUCAGCGCGGCGCUCGUCGACCACCCGGAGAUGGCGGGGCGGCUGGGCCGCGGCGGUGGCGACGGGUGCCUGUGGGAGGUCAAGCUCAGGGACACCGGCGUGCGGCUGGUCCAGGCCUCGGUGGAGGCGACCAUGGCGGCGUUCUUGGAGGCGAGGGGCGCCGACCGGGAGAGGCAGGAGGCCGCGCUGGCGCUGUGGACCGACGUGGACGCGCACGAGCCCGACAUCUGCGCGCCGUUCUUCGUGCAGCUGACACGAUUCCAGGACGGCGGCUACGCCGUCGGCGCCAGCUGCAGUCUUCUCCUCGCCGACCCGCUGUCCCUCGUCCGCUUCCUCAAGUCGUGGGCUCGCAAGCUCGCGGAGCUGCAGGCACAGGGCGAGCUCGUCGCCAACCCGGUGAUCCAGUACACGCGCUACAUCCGGAGCACAGGCGCCGCCGCCAAGCACGUCAAGUCCGUCCCGCUCGACACCGCGACCGCCACCGACAACAACACCACGACCGUGCUCUUCAGGGCCGCCGCCGCCGGCACGCCCGACCACCGCGCGCUCGCGGCGGCCUGCGUCGCCACGGCCAGCGAGAGGCUCGGCGCCAGGGCGCCCCCGCGAUUCACGGUCGUGGCCCGCGACGGCUCGGAGGGGCUGAAGGUCCAGACGUGUGCGGCGGAUGGUGACCAGAAGCCGUGCCCCGCGCCUCGAGCUGCGCUGUGGCGCGAUGAGCCCGGUCUCGGUCUCGGUCUCCAGGAUCUGGCGCUGGAGGGGAGGAAGCCCGUGCACGUAUCGUACUGCGUCAUGCCGUGCGCCGACGAGGGGCUCGUGGUCGUCAUGCCAGCAGGUGGUGGCGAGCUCUUGAUCAGUGCGACCGUGCCGAACUACAUGUAACUUCGAAAUGCCCCGCGGCCUGCGCUAUCGACCUAUCGUUUCAUGAUAGCACGUAAUCACUUGUUCACCGCCUGUGGUAUGCUAUGUACUCUUUUAAAUCCUUUAGGCUUCAAUAUUGUGCUUUUGGAGUGCCAAUACAAUCAAUACUCGAGUUCUUUGGGGACUAGAGAGUCCAG